AAGCGGUUUGACGGCAGACGGCAGCAGCGGAUCCCCAAACACACGGGCAACAACACAGUCGCCGCAGGACACUCACACACACUCGGAUGGUAUUUUGUCUGCUACCCAAAAAAAAUAAAAAAGAUGUCAGUGACUGAGGAACUACCAGACAUGGAUGGAGCAGACCUUUUAGGGCUGCUAUUCCAAGAUGGAGAAGAUGGAACUGCUGAGCCUUUCUUCUCUGUUGGGAGAGGCCUCAUUGAAGACUGGCUUUCUGAAGAAGAUAUGCUGACGGGCUUGGACACAGAGGACUUUCUGUCCAGUCUGCUGGAGGGAGAAGGCAACAUUUCUGUUAUCUGCCCCUCCCACUCUCCUCUUGGCAGUGACAGCGGCAUAUCUGAUGACAGCAGUAGUAGUGGUGGGGUUAGAAACAACAACAUUCUGGUAUGCCCAAGCCCCCAGGGCAGUGAUACAGAUGUUGUUCCGAGUCCCAGGUACUCUCAGCCCAGUCCGGUGUACUCAAACCCUGCCCUAGUGUCAGGAGAGCUCCCAACAGAGUGCCCAGAGGCCAUGGCGGUUCAUGCCGACCACAGCUACUCUCUACUCCAGGGUGGCGGGACAGACCUGGAUGCCUUACAGAGCGUAAGGGCAGAGAAGCCAGAUAUGGAUGUCUUCAUUGAUUUGGAUGACCUGGAGGGUGAUGAAAUUGAACAGGACCUGGCCGAUGAGCUGCCCUGCACUCUGUCUAUAGAGGCUUUAACACAGGACUCAACAACGUACAAAACAGAAUUCCAGUUUAAGGAGAUUGUGCUUACUGAGGAGGAGAAGCGACUUUUGGCAAAAGAGGGGACGAGUAUUCCCACUCACAUGCCUCUGACAAAGACAGAGGAGAGGACUCUGAAGAGGGUAAGGAGGAAGAUCCGCAACAAGCAGUCUGCUCAGGAAAGCCGAAAGAAGAAGAAGGUUUAUGUUGACGGACUGGAAAACAGAGUUGCCAUCUGUACGGCACACAACCUGGAACUCCAGAAGAAAGUCCACCUGCUUCAAAAACAAAACAUAUCCUUGAUAGAGCAACUGAGAAAGCUGCAGGCUGUGAUAAAACUGUCCACCGUGAAGAGUGGCACAGCUAGCACUUGUAUUAUGGUGUUCCUGCUCUCUUUCUGCCUUAUUAUCUUCCCUUCAGUCAAUCCAUUUGGCAGCAGGACAGAAGAGAAAGAGCUCUACCCACCCUCCUCUGUCGUGUCCAGGAGCUUACGCUCUGUCCAACUGGAGCGCACAGAUGCCAUACCCUACAUUGAUUCUGAAGAGGAAGAGCUCAUUCUUGUGCCCGCAGCAGAAGUGGAGAACCUCAAAGCCAUAUUCUCCGGUGGUCAGAUGAACCACACCCCAGACUACGAGCGGGUGGAGCAGCCUGACUCUGAAACGGGUGUCAACAGCAACUCCUCAGCAGACUUUCCCAGUCCUGUUCAGGCUGCGGAAAUGAAGCCUGGGUCAGCUGGUGGAGCAGUGGGCUUGCAGGAAGGAUCAGUUGAUGCUGGAGUGACGUCUGCUGUGGUCCCAGGAUCCAAGGAAAAUUGGAUUGACCGGAAACCCACUUCUGUCAUAUUGCAACAGCAUCGUUCAGAUGAAAUGUAAGGGAAGCGGUUGAAUCCAACCAGCAGAGGGAGCCGGAUUCCCAUUUUUUUCAGGGGCCAGAGACUAUUUUACAUUUUUAAAAGGAGAAAAUGUCACGAAUAAUAAUGAAUCUCUGUCUCUACUUUUUCUCUGUUGCAUUCUUCUGAUGUACUACUGUUCCUUGUUGAGCACUUUCUUCAGAUUUCCUUGUGAUCAAAAAGAACUCGUGAAAUUUCUCUUAACGUUGCCACCUACUCUAUAGGGAGUACAGCAAUGUAGACAGUUUACCAAACGGUAUGUUUCCGUAUGCAGUCACGACAAGCUACACAGGUCCUGGUAUUUUUCUGCAGACUAUAAAAACUGAUGCUCCGUUACCGUGUAAAGUUUCAGCAUCGCCAUAAUCACUUGAGUCCACUACUUUACGAGAAGUUUGGUCAAAACCCCAAUCCCCCUGCUGACUGCUGACUGUACUUGGACCUGUCACUGUUGCAGGUUCCCAACAGAUCCUGAUCACAGUGUACCCUACUGAUAAAUGAGCUUACUUGCCAAUCGUGAUAAAUUUGGGGGCGGGGGUUAUAGUUUGCACAUUCAGCCAGCAUAAUCUAUGGUGUAGUAUAUAAUAUAAGCUGCUUGAUUCUCAUGAUGCUUGAUCAAAGUGACAAUUUGAUCACAUUGCUUUAGCCAUUGCAGGACAUUUGGCCGUUUAGAUGACUUGUGAAGUGUCUUAGUUCUUCCCUUGCUUCUUUUUCAUCUUGAAAUAUUUUGUUUUUAAAUUGUACAGUAAUGCAAGCAAAGAAGAAAAUUAAGUCGGAACAAUAUGAACUGAUCAAGUUUUACAUUAGCUUAGCUGUCAUCACUUGACCCUAGUGAUUCAUCAUCUGCUCUUCCACGUUUUUCAUGAGCAGUUCCUCCCCUUCCAAAACAUGUGUCUGAGAUACCUCUUGACACCUUCUGUAUGGACAGAAUGAGGGCUUUAAUAUAUUUGCCCUGUAAACUUUGUGCAGUAAAACAAAUAUUACUCUCAAAAAUGUAAUGACCUGUUUUUCCAGUGAGGCAUUUUUGUUAUUUUUGUGUAUUUCUCAAGUUAUUAUCAGUGAAUGCAAUCUAUUAAGUAUUGUAACUGUUUUUUUGUUAUGAUUGGCUGUCAAUAAGAUUUUAAAUGUUCAUCGUGUUAAAAGGUGCACUGAUAUCUGACAUAGUCCAAGAAUGGAAUGUAAAUAAAAUGAUUGUAGCUACGUAUAUUUGAACCCUUGUAUGUAUACAACAUCUCAAAACAGCAUAAUAAAAAUCUUUUUUUAUGUAUUGAA